AUGGCCCAGAAGAGGCACUAUUUCGCGGCGACCUUCAGUGGACUUGUCCAUGAGCUCGAUGUCUUCCACAAAGAUCGUACGAUUCCAUAUUUAACUACGGCGAAUCGGCCCUCUUCGCUCCGUUGGAAGGAUGCUUUGAAAAAGCUCGAGGAUCCGGACUCUGACCUUCCAGAAUACUCCCAGGGCUCUUCCUCCAACGCCGAGCAGGCAGAUUCUGCCAUCAACAAAGAGCGAUAUCUUGUGGUGGGCAUUAUUCCUCAUCCUAGCUCGCUCGAUGUCAAGGAACCCGGUGUUCAUACCAUGUCCGACGAGCAUUUCGCCUUGGAGGCUGUCACGCCCGUUCGACGUGAUGUUAAACGCCACAAACCAAAGUUUUACGUUUUGUUGGAGGUUGAGCCAACCACUCCGCGAUACGGUGCUUUCCCGGUCAGUCCCGAAGACAUAUUCUACUUCUUAGAGUACCGAACCGAUGUGAAGUCCGUUAGAGAUCGACGGACUCAAUGGACCGAGAAGGUUCGAGUCGCAGCUGUGAUGCCUUCAGCCGAGCCGCGACGUUCCUACCGCUGGUUGAACGGCUCACAACGCGUGGCUGAGAGACAUCCUCCCGUAUCCCCGGAUGGAAAACCUCGUGAUAAUUCAAUCAAGUUUAUUUGGGAACAGUUCCUCAACCCAACGUCGGGGAUUGAACUCUCCCCGAAGAACGCUGAGCAGCUGGCCGUCGAGAUUCUGAAACGGUGGCCGACCCUUCAACGUCACAACGUCACAGGCGAGAAACUAGUGCGCCUGCGACGUGGGAUCGUCGAAUCGAAGUCUAAAAUUGGGUGGAGCAGGGCUUAUGGAUUCCUGGCACUCGGCUGCGAAUCACCCUUGGAUAGCCCUAACUUGGGCGAGCUGGUCGUCGGUUUUCUGGAUACAAUUGAUAAGAUCCGAAAACUCGGUCCUGGAAAGACACCGCGCUUUGUCAAAGAUAUGGUCUUGGGCGAACUCUCAAAAGCGAUAGAUGUCACGAAGAAUGUGCAGACCAGCAGCGAAGACGCAGCUAAAAUACUCCAGACGCCAGCUGAAGCCGAACUUUUCAAGCUCUUCAUACAUCAGUUAGAAGACGUGUUGGUGAACACGGAUACUAUGCAGCAAACCUACUUCAGGAUUCGGGACAUCUUGACAGACUACGGCGAGCAGUCAGGGAAGGAACAUAGUGCUGUAGCAGACCAAAUGCGAGUGUUGAUGGACAUUCUGCAGAGUGUGCGCACUGCUUUGAUGAGGUGAAGACCUGGUUUCUGUCUCCAGUUUUAUAUUGAUGGCAUUCUUCUUGUUUACUUUUGCAAGGAAGUAUGAAGUACUGUACGUUAUUAAACCUCUAUUUAA